AUGAAUAUUACACGAAGAUUAUUAAUUGGUCGAAUGGAUAUGAUUAAUAUUGAAUGUAAACAACAAGAAAUAAAAGUUGAUACAGAUGAUGGUCUUGUAGAUUCAUUAACUAUUCAAAUAAUACUUUCAAGUUCAUGUCUUCGUCGAUUAAUUAUUACUUUUUCUAUUCUAAUCGAGUUAUUCUAUGGAAAUAAAAUAAUUGAAGAAAAAAAUUUUAUUAAACAAACUGAUAUACAAAAAUUAAUUGAUCUUAUUCAAGAAACUCAAACAAAAUUAUCAAGCCUUUCCGAAGAAUUAACAGAUGAAUCAUUACUCAGUUUACUUCAAAUUCGUAUUUAUUUAUCUAUGUUUCGACUUGGUUCUAAUUAUUCUGUUCAAGUUUAUUGA